AUGACGACAGAUGAAGGAGGUUGGACGGUGAUUCAGAAACGAGAAGAUGGCGAUGUCGAUUUUUACAGGACGUGGAAAGAUUAUAAACAUGGAUUUGGGAAUGCCUCUAAAAACUACUGGAUACAUGUAGGGAACGAUGCAGUCCGUGCUUUAACAAGGGAUCAAAACCAAGAGCUUCGAGUAUACCUAAAGAGAUAUAACGGAGAACAGGCUUAUGCGAAAUAUACCACAUUUUACAUCGGAGAUGAAAACAAUAAAUACACUAUAACAGUAUCUGGAUACAGCGGGACGGCGAGUGACAGUUUGGCUUAUCACAAUGGUAUGAGAUUCAGCACAUAUGAUCAGAAGAAUGACAAUGCAGUAGAAGGGAGUUGUGCUAUAGAAUACCGGGGAGGCUGGUGGUACAACUGGUGUCACAAAUCAAAUCUGAACGGAGAGUAUGCGCUGUCUCCUGUGAUUGGUCCAAAAUACCCGACAUGGCUGUACUGGAAAAAUACAUUUGAGGCGCUACAGAAGACUUUUACGUUAUGUCGGUCAGUAGAUUGGAUACGAGAAGAAAAGACAUGUCGUCUUAACACAAGAUUUCCUAUCAAGAAUGUCAGUCCUCUAAUGACAGAGGACAGCAUCAUUCAUGUUGACCGGAAAAAUUUUCCACAGCAUCUUGUGGGUGAUUGUCUAAACUAUUCAUGUACCGAGGAUGCCAUCUGUAUUCGUGGAAACUGUUUACCUGUUUUAGCAGAAAAAAUAUACAAAGACUGCUCGGAGAUUUUGAAAAGAAACUCCAGCAGGAAAGGCCAAGAUGGCAUAUAUAUUAUUUAUGCCGACACCCGAAGAGAGGUCUUCUGUGACAUGACGACAGAUGGAGGUGGUUGGACGGUAAUUCAGAAACGAGAAGAUGGCGAUGUUGAUUUUUUCAGGACAUGGAAAGAAUAUAAACACGGAUUUGGGAAUGCCUCUAAAAACUACUGGAUAGGAAAUGAUGCAAUCCAUGCUUUAACAAGGGAUCAAAAUCAAGAGCUCCGAGUAGACCUAAGGAGAUUUAACGGAGAACAGGCUUAUGCGGAAUAUGCCAUCUUUUACAUCGGAGAUGAAAACGAUAAAUACUAUAUAACAGUAUCUGGAUACAGCGGGACAGCGAGUGACAGUUUGGCUUAUCACAGUGGUAUGAGAUUCAGCACAAAAGAUCAGGAUAAUGACACAAGUGAAGAUGAUGAAAACUGUGCUGAAGUAUAUCGAGGAGCCUGGUGGUACGGCUGGUGCCUCAGAUCAAACCUGAACGGCCAGUAUUCACAGUCUCCUGUUCAUGGUCCUCAGUACCCGGUAUGGCUGUACUGGAAAAAUAGCUUUGAAGCGCUGAAGAAGACUGUAAUGAUGAUAAGACACAAAAACUAA